AAUAAGAGGCGGCCAACGGCUGAAAGGCGGGCCUUUUUGUGCCUUGGUGGGGGGAGUUUCGAGGCUCCACGUGAGUGUUGAGCCCCGUGGUGGAAAGAAGGGCUGGGCUUGCGACGCAGUGGUAGAGACGUCUGUGCCAAAUGAGAUGGAGUUUUGUCCAUUUUGAAGUAGUCCCUUGUUUUAAAAAGUUUAUGACAAACUGAAGGAACUGACAAAGCUUUUUUAUUGGACUUCUCCCCACAACCUUUCAUUCAUAUUCUUGAUACCGCAGAUCCUCUUGGAUUCUUUAGGCCUCUCUGGCUAGGAGGGCCAUACUUCCUCUGGAAAAAGGCAAUGGCAAUCCUCUUCUGAAAUUUUGCCAGGACAACUGCAGGAACUAGUCUAGGCAGUUUCCAGAAAUCAAUAUUUAUUUAAAGGAAAAGAAAAGAAAAAGAGAGAAGAAAGAAAGAAAGAAAAAAAGAAAGAGAAAGAAAGAAAGAAAGAAAGAAAGAAAGAAAGAAAGAAAGAAAGAAAGAAAGAAAGAAAGAAAGUUCUUUAAAUGAUUUCAAUGUCUUUAUGAGGAAAUGAAGGAACAAAACAUGGGAGCAGUGUGAAUGAAGAAAAACAUGAAGCAAUAUCAAGCAUACAUAAAGAUGAAAAUAAGCAGUUACGAACACUAGAUGGAUUAGGCAGAACAGACUCUGCUUCUGCAACUAGAACUGCAGAAAGAGGAUAUAUGAUGCCACCUUCAGUGAAAGAAGAACACUACAUUAAAUUUCAAUUUAUUAUUUUCACAUUUGGUUUAUUUAAAAGUACAUCCUAUCCUUGCUACAUGAAAUUCAAGAGAAGGCAUACAUGGAGUUCCAGAUUGGGGUCAGUUAGAAGAAAUCUUACAAGUAAAGCAAGUCUUCAAUUAAUUAUUUAUUUGCUACAGCAGAAUAAUAAGGCUAUCUACCUUUUUAGAAAUGUUUACAAUGGAAAUUCAGCCAUAUCAAGCAAAUAACUCAUUCUUUCAUAAACAAAUACCACUUUUCUAACCAAAGGAAAAUGGCAACAUAAUUCCUAAAAAUUAGAAUCUGCUAUAAUUCAUUUAAAGCAUGAAUUAUAUGAGAAGUGAUAAUUCCCUCUUUUCCACCCAAACCUAUUGAACUAUUUUAUUAUAAUAGUCUUCAUAUUAAACAGAAAAAGAUAAACCACCCAUGUUGGAAUUUUAUAUAAAAUCACAAAAAUUGUUCAUACAACUAUUUACUUGGCAGAUUUCCUCCAAAACAAGGCAAGAAAUUUAUUAUACACAACCUGCUUCUCUAAAUAAAGAGAAAAAAAUCAAUCUCUAAACUCCUUAUAUUUGAAUUGGUCACAAUAAAUUUCAUAGGUCUCCAUCUUUGUUCUAUUAAGACAUACUAGUGGAAUAACUCAAUAUGGUGAAGCAAUUUCUUAUAUUCAGAGCCAAAUAUGAAUAAGCACGUCUGAUGAGGUACACUAUAGCAGAGUACACAAAUGCCAAAAUUUACAUUGUAUAUUUUAAAAAGUUAAUUAUCAAUGUACACCUCAGAAUGUAUACUUCACAAAAUUAAAAUACUGUCAAUUUCAGCCCCAUACAUACUUCUCUUGAUCUGCUGUGGGCAGUGUAGGAAGAAAAGGUAGCCAAAUUCAACCUCUUGGUAUACUCUAAAAUUGUUUAAAGUGUCCAUAUUAGAAUAAAGAUGCAAUAUAAAACUUUUAACGUAUCCUUUCUAUAGUGUUCAAUUUCAUCACCUGUGAACCUACACUGGGGCACUUAUUACAUGUAUGUAUGCAUACAGUAUAUAACAUAAAUUUACUUAGACUGAGUGUCCCUUUACCAUUUUAAAUUUUAAAAAUAGUAAUUUUUAAAAUUACUACCUGCAUUUUGGUUUUCAUGUAUCUUUCAUUAUUGUUGAUAAACAUCUCCUCCGAGAGGUUUUUAAGAAACUGAAGUAAACUGCAAUCUAACAGAUGUAUACUCUAACACGUGUUAUUCUUUAUUGCCUGCAAUACUAUUACAUUAAGUGAGAGAUGUUGUUUAUAAUCAACAUGAGCAGGCAUCUGUUUUUAAAUCAUCUUUCAUCCUGACUUUAAUCAGAACUAAUUAGCUUUAACAAAGUGGCUUUUUAUAUAAAAAUACAUGUAGUUUGUGUCUGCAUACAGUAUACAGAUGGAUCUUCAUCAAUCUUAAAAUAAUGCACACAUUUCUUCUACAAUGUCCAUGCCUUAUAGACUCUGUGAAUCUAGACAGCUCUUAGGACAGAUUGUUUAAACUGUAGUAUCUGGACUGCAGGUAAGGCACUAUGUCUGUUACCAGCCCCAGGCCACUGAGUAGGUAAAUUUAAGAAAUAUGACAGUACACCAAUAAUUAAAUUUGAUUUCCUUUGUUUGUAACAUACACACACAGAAUUUGCAAAUUUUGCUGAUCAAAGGAUUCAUGUCUUUUGUUAUUUGUCCUUUAACAAAUUUAAAUACAUUUCUUAAGAGAGAGAGUCAGUGUGUCUAUGUGACAGUCUAAAAUCUGUAUCAGGGCUUUAUCUUUACCUCAAAGUCAAAGUCACAUUUUUUAAUGAUCUUGAGUUACCCUAAUAACAGCAUUGCUCGGUUUACUUUUUCACAGUAAAUAAUUUAUACAUAUUUACUCAGCAUCAAGUUCCACUGAAGCAUGGAUGGAUGGCAUGAAAAUUAAGUGGAUACUGUAGAUAGUUGACCAUAAAAGUGUUCUCAGAUAAUAUGUAUCAACAGAUCCUUAGCAAGCUGAAGUGAAACAUUGAGUUGAAUGCCAAAAAAUUAUUCCAGGAUUUUAUAUUGUUCAACAUUUUCAUUAAUCAUUUCCAUGGAUAUAUACAGGGAAUCCCUAAGAAAUUUGCAGACAACACAAAAGUGGAUGGUAUAGCUAAUACACUAGAGUACAGAAUAAACUUCAAAAUAAUCUUCAUGGUGUUGGGGGGAACUCCCCCGUUCGGUUCUUCCAGCUGGGAUCGUUGGGGUGGGGAAGGGGUGUCCAGCUCUCAUCACAGGGUUUUUGUUGUAAGGAAACCAGGAAGAUGAUGUAUUGGAUAUAUUCACUGCCUUAAGUUAUGUGUAAAAGUAAUAAAGGCGAGAUACAAAUAAAUAAAAUAAGUUGUAUCAUUUCUUGUUAUUCAGAAAUUAUAGCAUGUUUUCUGGUUUUAGGGAGAAGAUCCGGGCGAAACACCGAAUCAAUAAUCAUUCCUAUAUUUUUUUUAAAAAAGCUUUUUGGUAACGUUUCAAGAAAUGCAAUACAAUACAAUAAAAAACAGCCCGAAGAAGAGCAUAUCUCGCUAUGCUCAUUCAUCCGUAGUUUGUCCUAACUCUUUCGCCAUCGUCUUCGGGAAGUAAAGGCUGCACAAUGGCUUCUGGGAGUUGUAGUGUUCUUCCUGUAACCUGCCCUGUAGAUCCCCAAUGCAACGGACUAGCGAGGGAACUACUGCUAGUUUAGGCCGGUGUUCUACACUAAAAUGGCGGCUCCCUUAGUGUUGGUGCUUUUGGUAGCCGUAACGGUUCGGGCCGCUUUAUUCCGCUCCAGCCUGGUCGGACUUAUCUCUGAGAGGGUGGAGGUGGCGUCUCCUUUAAAUGCCUGGAAACGAGUUGUUGAAGGACUAGCUUUACUUGAUUUGGGUGUAUCUCCAUAUUCCGGGGAUAUCUUUCAUGAAACACCAUUUAUAAUAUACCUCUUUCAUUUCCUGAUUGAUUAUGCUGAACUAGUAUUUAUGUUUACAGAUAUUUUGACGGCUAUAGCACUUUAUUUAGCUGUUCAGGAUUACAACAAAGUUUUGUUUAAAAAGCAAAAACUGCUAAUAGAAUUGGAUAAAUAUGCAUCUGAUGCUGCAGAGCUUAUCCGGACUCCUGUAGAAAUGUACUAUGUUCCUCUCAAAGUAGCACUGUUUUACCUGUUGAAUCCAUACACUGUGUUGUCUUGUGUGGCAAAAUCCACCUGUGCCAUCAACAAUGCUAUAAUUGCAUUCUUCAUUUUGGCAACAAUAAAAGGUAGUACUUUUCUGAGUGCUAUAUUUCUGGCAUUAGCAACGUAUCAGUCUUUGUAUCCUCUUACCUUGUUUGCACCAGCCCUUCUCUAUUUAUUACAGCGUCAGUUCAUACCAGUAAAAAUGAAAAGCAAGGAGUUCUGGUUUUACACCAUACAAUAUGCGGGACUAUAUUUGGGAAGUCUGAUAGUGAUAAUUUGCCUCUCAUUCUUCCUCCUCAACUCAUGGGAUUUCAUUCCAUCUGUUUAUGGUUUCAUCCUUUCUGUUCCAGACCUGACACCCAAUGUUGGCCUUUUCUGGUACUUCUUUGCUGAAAUGUUUGAACACUUCAGUCUCUUUUUUGUGUGUGUUUUUCAAAUCAAUGUCUUCUUCUACACUAUUCCAUUAGCGCUAAAAUUAAAGGAACAUCCCAUGUUCUUCAUGUUUGUUCAGUUGGCCAUUAUUUCCAUCUUUAAGUCCUACCCAACUGUAGGUGAUAUUGCUCUCUACAUGGCCUUCCUUCCUCUCUGGAGCCACCUAUAUCAGUUUUUGCGGAAUGUCUUCAUACUUUCCUGUGUACUCAUUGUCUGUUCCCUGCUGUUCCCGGUUUUAUGGCAUCUGUGGAUUUAUGCAGGAAGUGCAAACUCCAAUUUUUAUUAUGCAAUCACAUUGACAUUCAAUGUAGGCCAGAUUUUUCUCAUCUCAGAUUAUUUUUAUGCCUUCCUGCAGAGGGAAUACUAUCUCAUUCACGGAAUCCAUUUAAUAAGAAAAGAUAGGACAGAUCCUAUGUUGGUUCUUAAAUAAUCCUGGCAUUUGAUGUGACUUGAGGAAUAGACAUUUAUGGAAAAAAAUGAUACUAAAGUGGGUGGGGACCUGAUUUUUCGGAAGAAACUGUUUUGCAUUUGGAGAAUGGGCCGCGAUAUGGGAAUACAUUAAUCCUGAUGCAGAGUUGGUACUAAGAACUUGUGAACAAGGUGGAAGAGACUGCAUUUAUAUCCUGUAUCCCUAUUUAAAGCUGUUUCCUCCAGCCAUAGCAUUGCUGUGAACCCUGUUCAACAAUCCUUGAGAUUCUUCGGGUAAACUGCAUUGGGACUUACAACCAAAAUGAGCUUUUGUACCUAGAAGCAAAGUGGUAGGUGUUGGUGAUAAUGAUGAUUUCUGGGAACACUUUUGAGAAGUUUUUUUCAGGAAACAAAUAAUAUGCAUUAUUUUGGUUCUUACUGCUGUGCUUCCUUUGCUGUAAUUGUUCAUUUACCUGCCUAAUUUUACAGACGUCUUUGGAGAAAGGGCAGCUAUAUGAAACGUCCUAAUACUAGAAGCUAGGAGGCCUGGUAACGCCACGGUGCUCUAGACAGAAGGUGGAUCCUCAACCAGUCUGGCAGACAUGGAGAGCUAAAUCUCAGAUUUUAAAAGACAGUGGUCAGGAUUAGGAUUAGAGUUAGGUGGGUAGAAUUUGCUCACUUUUCUUUAAGGGAAAAUAGUGUUUCUCUGCUGUGUUAUUUGGCAAUUAGUUUUAAGGAAGAGAGAUUAACAUAGCAUGAUACAGAAAACUUUCCCUCCCCCCUCCCCCCGUGGAAUGCACAUGGAUCUACAUGGUCAUGGGUGAGCUGUGUAAUUCAUUUUUUAAGAGAUGCAUAAAUUAUUUCCUCCACCUUGACUCAAUUUUGAGAGCGUAAUAUGUAUUUUUAUUUUUUAGAUUUUGUGCAAAAAAAUCAGAAAGCACAAACCUUUUAACUUAUCUUCAAAAUAAAGUGAUGUUUUUCAUAUGAUGCUACUCAGACCAUUAUAUAUUCCACCCAAAGUGUUAGUUCUUGACAGGACAAGCAAUCAGAUGUGAGGGUGUUAGAAAAGAGGCUAUGCAAAAAGGGCAGUCCCUUCUCAUCUACCUUCAGUGUUGUCCGGGCAGAUUUCUUCUGUAAGAUGUAUGUAUGUAUGUAUGUACGUACAUAUGUACGUAGGUUUGUACGUAUGGUACUUGCUGCUAUUUUAAACUUUUCCAACUUAAUAUAGCUGUACAUGGUAUCUUUCUCUAUUAUUUUACUCAUGGUAUGUGAGUAAAAUAGGAAAGCUAAGCAGAAUUUAACCAAGCUCCCAGUUCCCAGAAAAAGGAUACUCCACUUUUUUACCUGUGAGCAGAAAUGAUAAGAUUGGGAGGCACUGAAUUUAGUAUUAAAUAUGCCAUCUGUUACUUUUUGCAAAGCCACUCUGCAGGUCACACAUACUCUUUUAAAUGUAUUUCUUAAUAAGUGCUCUUUCAACAGGAAUUAAAAAUAAAGAAACUUCUUGCCUUAUUAAACUACAGAGUGUAUUAUAUGAAGAAUGCUGUAGCUGUGUCUAGAAAAGACUCUACAUUGUAUUGUAUUACCCAAAAAAAUUAUAUUGUCCAAUCCCAAGAUUGUGAACAGUGUGCAUGACUAUAAAACAGAGACAUUCCAGCUGCCUCAAUUAAUUGAUACAAUCAAUACAUUUGAAACCCAGUUAUAAUAAUAAAUCAAUUAUCCAUACAUUCAUCAAA